UCUGCAAGCAGCAUAGAGAAGCUCAUAUAAUUCUUUACCAAGUUAUAAAAUCCAGUCACCCGAAUUUCAGUCCUUUAUGCACUCUGCAAGGAUAACUGAUGGACCGACAACGGAGCAAUAAAGAUGCACGCUGGCAUCAGCGACUGAAAGGGCAUUUUCACCGCCCCAGUGGAGCUGCCAUAUCAUCAAAGUUUCUCAGGCAGUAACCUACUCUGCACAAGCCCGGAGCUUCAGUUGGAGGAGAGAAAUCACUGCCCCCAGAGCCAAGAAGAUACCGGAGAGAGGCUAGAUUUAAAACCCGCCCUCCGGCGGGAUCUCGUUCCCCCACUAAAAAAAAAAAAAAGAAAGAAAAAGGAAGAAAAAAACCUCCCAUUUUCUCUCUCACUGUUUCUCUUUCUCACUCACUCUUCUCUCUCUGUCUUUCCCUCUGUCCCUCUCUUCCUUUACCUUUAUCCCUCGCCUUUCGCCGUCUCCCCCCACCACAAACAUGGAUUUAUCGGCGAGGUGUUUGUUUCUUCUAUCAUGUCUUGGCGUGAUAUUGGCGAUCGAUUUAGAUGCAAUUGAUCCAGGCUACUAUGUGGAGCCCACUGCCACAUCAGAGGCGAUCGACUACAAGGAUCCCUGUAAAGCUGUCGCCUUUCUGGGAGACAUUGCCCUGGAUGAGGAGGACCUUCGAUCCUUUAAAGUGGACAGAAUAAUAGAUUUGGCUCAGAGAACCGUCCAGACUAUAAAUCACACCGAUACAGCCUCUGCCAAUGGCAGAAUUCAAAGCAGACGAGGUUUACAGCGCAGGAAAAGGGCUGCCACCUCCAGACCUGAGCGUGUUUGGCCUGAAGGCGUAAUUCCCUAUGUUAUCAGCGGUAACUUCAGUGGCAGCCAGCGGGCUAUAUUCCGCCAAGCCAUGCGACACUGGGAGAAGCACACCUGUGUGACCUUUAUAGAGAGAACCCAGGAAGAGAGCUAUAUUGUCUUCACUUACCGACCAUGUGGGUGCUGUUCUUAUGUGGGUCGUCGUGGAGGGGGCCCCCAAGCCAUAUCCAUCGGCAAAAACUGUGACAAAUUUGGUAUAGUGGUGCAUGAGCUGGGCCACGUUAUUGGCUUCUGGCACGAACACACGCGGCCUGACCGAGAUGAGCAUGUCAGCAUCAUCAGAGACAACAUUCAACCGGGACAGGAAUAUAACUUUCUGAAGAUGGAGCCGGGGGAGGUGGAUUCUUUGGGAGAAGUGUAUGACUUUGAUAGUAUCAUGCACUAUGCCAGAAAUACAUUCUCCAGAGGCAUCUUCCUAGACACCAUCCUGCCACGCUACGAUGUGAAUGGAGUGCGACCACCUAUUGGCCAGAGAACCAGACUUAGCAAAGGGGAUAUUGCACAGGCACGCAAACUCUACAAAUGCUCCAGAUGUGGGGACAGUCUGCAGGACAGCAGCGGGAACUUCUCCUCUCCUGGCUUCCCUAAUGGAUAUUCAGCCUACAUGCACUGCAUCUGGAGAAUAUCAGUCACACCGGGGGAAAAGAUCAUUUUGAACUUCACCUCCAUGGAUUUGUACAGGAGUCAUUUAUGUUGGUAUGACCAUGUGGAGAUCCGAGAUGGAUACUGGAGGAAGGCACCACUCAAAGGUCGUUUCUGUGGCGAUAAGCUGCCUGAGCCAAUCAUCUCCACUGACAGCCGACUGUGGAUUGAGUUUCGCAGCAGCAGUAACUGGGUGGGAAAGGGUUUCUCUGCUGUUUAUGAGGCCAUCUGUGGCGGGGAAGUGAAGAAGGACAAUGGUCAGAUUCAAUCCCCCAACUACCCUGAUGACUACAGACCAAACAAAGUAUGCAUAUGGAAGAUUUCUGUCACUCAGGGCUACCAUGUGGGCCUUACCUUCCAGUCUUUUGAGAUUGAGAGACAUGACAGUUGUGCAUAUGACUACUUAGAGGUGCGUGAUGGGAUCUCUGAAAACAGCCCUCUGCUGGGACGCUUCUGUGGCUACGACAAACCAGAUGACAUUAAAACCAGCUCCAACCAUCUGUGGAUGAAAUUUGUUUCAGAUGGAUCAGUCAACAAAGCCGGUUUUGCUGCCAACUUCUUCAAAGAAAUGGAUGAGUGCUCCAAGCCGGACAACGGUCGCUGUGAGCAACGCUGUGUCAACACACUAGGCAGCUACAAGUGUGCUUGUGACCCAGGCUAUGAGCUGGCUGCUGACAAGCGCAGCUGUGAGGCUGCCUGUGGAGGCUUCAUUACCAAGCUGAAUGGCUCCAUCACCAGUCCAGGGUGGCCCAGAGAGUACCCUCCAAAUAAAAACUGCAUUUGGCAGCUUGUUGCCCCCACACAGUACCGCAUCACUCUGCUCUUUGACGUCUUCGAGACUGAGGGCAAUGACGUUUGCAAGUAUGACUAUGUAGAGGUACGCAGUGGACUUUCAGCGGACUCGAGGCUGCACGGGAAGUUCUGUGGGGCAGAGAAACCAGAAGCUAUUACUUCUCAGUACAACAACAUGCGCAUUGAGUUCAAAUCAGACAAUACAGUAUCCAAAAAAGGCUUUAAAGCACAAUUCUUCUCAGACAAAGAUGAGUGCUCUAAGGAGAACGGCGGCUGUCAGCAUGAGUGUGUCAACACCUUCGGGAGCUACAGCUGCCAGUGUAGGAGUGGAUUUGUGCUUCAUGAGAACAAACACGACUGUAAAGAAGCUGGCUGUGAUCAUACUGUGAAUAGUGUGAGUGGUAUUAUUACCAGUCCAAAUUGGCCGGAUAAAUAUCCCAGCAAGAAAACCUGCACCUGGGCUCUCACCACCACUCCAGGUCAUCGUAUCAAAAUCGCCUUCAAUGAGAUCGACAUGGAGGCCCACCUGGAAUGUGCCUAUGACCACAUAGAGAUUUAUGACGGGCGAGAUGCAAAAGCAACCUCCCUCGGCCGCUUCUGUGGCACCAAGAAACCCCCUCCCAUCAUAUCGAACAGCAACAAGUUGUUUAUCCGUUUUUUUUCUGAUAGCUCUGUGCAGAAAAAAGGCUUUGAGGCUUCUCACUCUGCAGAGUGUGGAGGUCGUCUAAAGGCUGAGGUCAAAACAAAGGACCUGUUCUCACAUGCCCAGUUUGGGGACAAUAACUAUCCUGGAGCCUCCGACUGCCAGUGGGUGAUUUCAGCAGAGAAAGGCUAUGGCGUGGAGCUCAUCUUUCAGACGUUUGAGAUUGAGGAGGAGGCAGACUGCGGCUAUGACUACAUGGAGCUUUUUGAUGGAGCUGACACAAAGUCUCCACGGCUGGGACGUUACUGUGGCUCCGGGCCACCAGAGGAGAUCUACUCAGCUGGUGACUCCAUUGUGAUCAAGUUUCGCUCUGAUGACACAAUCAACAAAAAAGGUUUUCAUGUCCGCUACACCAGCACCAAGUUCCAGGACACACUGCACUCACGCAAGUGACCAGCGGGGGCCGGAAGGAGCCGUGCAGGGCAAAGGGACAAGCGGAGGGGUCCCCAGGGAAGGCGCCAGCCUGACGCUCGGAAACCUUCGGCCACCAAGAUGAAUCAGACUCGACAGAACAGCCGCAAGACCACCAACCGCACCUCAGCUCCUAGGGGCUCUAGCUCCCCCCACAGACUGUGAGGAGUAAAGCCAUUCUGCAGUACACCUUGUUUUUACCUUUUUAUGGUUAGGGGUGGGAGGGUGAACGUCAGCUUUAGGCAGACUGUAGGGGAAAAUUUAUUGACCCAGUCCCCUCCAGAUUUUUUUUUCCUUUUUUUAUUUUAUUUUAUUUUUUUUUAUAAACAUACCUCUUAAUAAGAGGUACAAAGGAAAACAGUGGAUUCUCAGGACCUGUAGGAAGGCAGGCAUCAGCUGGACAGAUCCCUGCUUUUGUCGGGCCGGCCCACCACAUCUAGGGGGAGGAGAGGAAGAGGAGGAGGAGUCCUGCACUCCUCAAUAAUUGCUCUCCUCUUCUCAUACUCGCAUCCCUUCGGUAAAGGAUUCCUGUCCGUAAGCGGAUUAAAAGGACUCGACUUGAGAUUUUGAUACUGUAUGUCAGUCAAUUGCAUGUAAUUACAAGGAAAGAAGGAAAACUGUACAGUGACAACAGCAGCAUUUGUAAUUGGCAUUGUCCUGGCAACCAAUGGCAAGAUUCCCGUUGUUACCAAUAACAAGAAAAUUAAGGAAGCAGUUAUCUUAUUAAAGGACUAAUAAAUGAAAUGUGGUCCAUGUCUUCUGGUUGUAAUUGCUCACCUGAUGACUGGCUGUUACUGUACCUCCAUGUAUAAAGUAAUGUGUUUGAUCUUUCAAAGGGAACAUGUGCUUUUCUCAGCUCGAACCAGUUAGCACUUUACAGUGAAUUGUUCCAAAAUCAUGAGCUUAUGAAAUUUUGUGAAAUGCAAUGUCAGUUCACUUAUUUUUAAAUGCAUUUUAUCUCUUUUUUUAAUUAAUCCAUAUAGUUCCUCAGGCAUACUUGAACAUUGUGUGCACCCUUUAACAUGGGGUAAAAUAAAGAUAUGACUUAUGUUUCA